CUUAUAAAAGGCAGUCAGUCGAGAACAUCUUUGGCUCCUCAACAAGUUAGGAAGUUCCCGAGAUACCAGCUCGAAGAAGAAAGGAGACACAACAGUCAAACAUGAGGCUCACACUCAUCGCAGGCUUGUGCCUGGUGCUCUGUCACGUAGGAACAUCCAUGGACAUGGGUUGCUAUUUCACCAACUGGUCCCAGUACAGGCCAGGGACUGGAAAAUACAUGCCCGCUAAUGUCGACCCGUUCCUGUGCACCCACUUGUUCUACGCUUUUGCCAUGAUCAACCAUGCCAAUGAGCUGGUGACCUACGAGUGGAACGAUGAGACACUUUACGCCGCUUUCAACAAUAUCAAGACAGUCAACCCAGCACUUAAGACUCUGCUCGCUAUCGGGGGAUGGAAUUUUGGCACAAGACAGUUCUCCAUCAUGGUCUCCACCCCUGGCAAUCGGCAAAAGUUCAUCCAGUCCAGCAUCAGCUUCCUGAGGAUGUAUGGCUUCGAUGGCAUGGACCUGGACUGGGAGUAUCCCGGCUCUCGAGGCAGCCCUCCAGAGGACAAGCAGUUGUUCACUGCUCUGUGCAGGGAGCUUAUGGCAGCUUAUGAGGCUGAGGGCGCGGCCACAGGAAGGCCCAGGCUGUUGCUCAGUGCUGCUGUAGCUGCCGGAAAGCCCACCAUCGACGCUGGCUAUGAAAUUGCUGAAGUUGCCAAGACCCUGGACUUCAUCAACAUCAUGACCUACGAUUUCAAUGGUGCCUGGGCAACUGGCACAGGCCACAACAGCCCACUGUACCAAGGGUCAGAGGAUAAGGGCGACGAGAUCAACUUCAACACUGACUUUGCCAUGACCUACUGGAGAGACAACGGCACCCCACUGGAGAAGCUCAGAAUGGGCUUUGCCACAUACGGACGCACCUUCCGCCUGACCUCCACCGAUACUGGCGUUGCCGCACCAGCCGGUGGCGCAGCAUCAGCCGGCCCUUACACCCGCGAGGCUGGCUUCUGGUCCUACUAUGAGAUCUGCGGUUUUCUGAAUGGUGCCACUGAGAACUGGAUUGACGAUCAGCAGGUUCCUUAUGCUGUUAAAGGCAAUGAAUGGGUUGGAUAUGACAACAAGAAGAGCUAUGACAUCAAGGUACAAUAUCUGAAGGACAAAAAGUUUGGUGGUGCCUUUGUCUGGGCCCUUGAUCUGGAUGAUUUCAACGGAGAGUUCUGCAGGGAGGGCAAACAUCCUCUCAUGAAGCACCUGAAUUCGCUCCUGGGAAUCAAGUAUCCCCCUCCUCCACCUACCACCACACUUAAGCCUGGCCAGACCACCAAACCCACCACCACCACCACCACCACCACCACACACAAGCCCGGCCCCGGCUUCUGCAACGGAAAGCCCGACGGCUUCCACGCUGACCCAGACAACAAGUCCAACUUCUAUCAGUGCGCUGCAGGAGAAACCUACCCCCACUAUUGCGCCUCUGGCACCGUUUAUGAUUCAAAAUGCCAGUGCUGCAACUGGCCUUAAAAAGCCAGGGAUGGACCCUAACAGUGUAAUGCCAAACUUGCUUUAAGAAUACUGUAUGUGCCACCAUUAUUUGCAAAGAAUUUUAGAGUGAAAACGAUGUCUUAGUGAAAAAGUGAAAAAAUAUGCUUUGGUGCUGUUUGUUGCAUUUUGUUGUGAAACUACAGGGAUGGCCAGUUUGUUCUGUUUCUUGAUAUCUAAAAAUGUAUUUUUAAGAGCUUUACAUUUGAUUCUAAAAUAAAUUAAAAUAAAACA